GCUUAUAUUGUCUAAUAUGACAGCGACAGGACAGUAAGCAGAUUUUGAGGUUUGACAUUUUGCAAUGUAAUCAUGGCGUCGGAACGGUAUAGUUUCUCUCUCACAACUUUCAGCCCUUCGGGAAAAUUAGUGCAAAUUGAAUAUGCAUUAGCGGCUGUGGCAGCCGGCGGUACCUCCGUCGGAAUAAAAGCAUCCAAUGGCAUUGUGAUUGCUACUGAGAACAAACACAAGAGCAUACUGUACGAUGAGCACAGUGUGAACAAAGUUGAAAUGAUCACUGGUCAUAUUGGCAUGGUAUAUUCAGGAAUGGGCCCAGACUACCGACUGCUCGUCACCCAAGCUCGCAAGAUGGCGCAGCAGUACUAUUUGAUGUACCACGAACCUAUACCCACCGCUCAACUCGUGCAGAGAGUCGCUACUGUUAUGCAGGAGUACACACAAUCCGGAGGUGUGCGUCCCUUCGGAGUGUCUCUGCUGAUAUGCGGUUGGGACAACGACCGCCCAUACCUGUUCCAGUGUGAUCCGUCCGGUGCUUACUUCGCAUGGAAGGCCACUGCCAUGGGCAAGAACUUCAACAACGGGAAAACAUUCCUUGAAAAGAGAUAUACGGAAGAGUUGGAGCUCGAUGAUGCAGUGCACACAGCUAUCCUGACCCUCAAAGAAGGCUUCGAAGGUCAAAUGACUGAAGAUAAUAUAGAAGUGGGUAUUUGCGACGCGAGUGGUUUCAGGCGGCUCGAGCCGGCGCACGUUAAGGAUUACUUGGCGAAUAUACCAUAAGUAGUUUAAUAUUUUGAUCGGAAUAAAUGAUUUUUUUUAUAUAUAUA